AAUCAAUCACUCUCUCUCUCUCUCUCGUUUUUUUUUUCUUCUUGAUUGUUCAUUUUCUUCUGCCUUUUUAACUUCUUUCUCUCUCUCUAUUUUAAGGUUUUUGAUAAUCAGUGUGUGGGUUGUUUGUGUCUUGAUAGUAAUAAUAAUAGUUGGAUGUGGAAAAACUCUGGUGGAUCUUGAUGUUCAAACAUUCAUGUCUCCGGUGAUUAGUGAAAUCCUUAGAUCUGGUUUAACUAUAGACUCGUCUCUUAGACGCAGGACCCAUCUCGUUCAAUCUUUCUCCGUCGUGUUCCUCUACUGGUUCUAUGUUUUCUCAUAAAUCAUCUCUCCUUUAGCCCCCCCUCUAAUAUAUCUAUAUAUUUUCUUUAACCAUCUUAAUAAUAACAUCUAAAACCAUAUAAUAUACUACUUUUCCGUAUUCGUUCUACAUAGUAACGUUUUGGGUCCUGCGUCUUUCCUUUUAGUGUUUUUGUGUGUGUUUUUGAGUCUUUUUUUCUUUCUAUGCAUAAUAAAACUGAAAUGGCAUCGUCGACGAGUGGAAAUAGCUCGUCGACGAUUUCGAUCACCGGUUUACAAAACUCCGGUUCCGAGUCUGAUCUCCGGCAACGGGAUCUGAUAGACGAGAGGAAGCGUAAGAGGAAGCUGUCGAACAGAGAGUCAGCUAGGAGGUCGAGGAUGAGGAAGCAGAAGCAUUUGGACGAUCUCACCGUUCAAGUCACGCAUCUACGCAAAGAGAACGCUCAGCUCGUCGCAGGGAUCGCCGUCACCACGCAACACUACGUCACGAUCGAAGCGGAGAACGAUAUUCUCAGAGCUCAGCUCCUCGAGCUCAACCACCGUCUCCAGUCCCUUAACGAGAUCGUUGACUUCGUUGAAUCAUCAUCAUCAUCAUCUUUCGGAUUCGGCAUGGAGACCGGUCCGGGACUAGUCGACGUCGGUGGUGGCGGAGGGUUUUACGACGGAGUGAUGAAUCAUAUGAGUAUAGGGUUUUAUAAUCAACCAAUCAUGGCUUCUGCUUCUACUGCUGCUGAUGUUUUCGACUGUUGCUAAAAGUAAUCAAAUUCAUAUCAUUAUCAAUAUGUCAUUUUCUUAUAUGAUGCUCUGUUUUAUUAUAUUAUAAGAUGAUUAAUUAACGCUUAUUUAGUGUUUAAACUGAUUGUAAUUAUGGACAGUGUAAGAUGAUAUGUGAUGAAAUCAUGAAGAUGCUGAUGUGAGUUUCGUAUAACUUUUUUAUUUAUUUAUUAUUAUAUAAACAUAAUUUUGUCUUUUA